UCUUGUUGUGGGUGAAACAACGUGGCGACUUCUACACUUCCGGUGGCUUCAAGCAUCCAAUGCGCAGAAAGCGAUCGGGGCCAUUCCAGUAGUAGAGUUCAGUGGUUCAGUGCGAUAACCCAAAUACUGUUCAUCCAUACCAUCGAAGAAGAACUUACAGUUCCGGUUAGAGUGACAGUGGCGCCGAAAUUGAAGCAUUUGUACUUCCGCUAAGUUGGAGGGAGUCGUAAAAGUAGCUCCUUUGCAUUUAUGUAGCUAUUAACACACAUUUAUUUUAAGCCUGGAAAAUGGACCCUACGUCGCAGUUUUUUGCCAAGUUGAAGAAGUUGGCCGUGGCUCUCGAAAUGGAGACGGCCCGGCUUCAGCGCUCCUUUGAGGACCGCCGUGACAGCGACGACGACGAAGCAGCAGCCAGAAGCACGCGAGCUUAUCACGACUUGAACUGUGACGUGUUGGGCUUGAAGGGCCAGAUGCAAGAGGCGCUUACCAAGCAGAAAAUACGGAGGGGGGAGGUGAACACUUUUAUCGACGCCUGCAGGGCCGUGCAGCACAAGGUCGCGGAGGAUAUUCAGACACUGAAGGGACACUUUGAAAAAUAUGGCUAUCAAGAUCCUGUGGACGCCCGGAGACCAAACGGUCAGGAAAUGGAGGAGGGAGAUGAAAAGUCUGGUCUGAAGGCGCCUGCAACGGAGGACAGAGGCCACGAGGAGGCAGAAAUAAGCGGACUGCCGGCUUCGCCUCAGGCAGCCGCGCCGCCCACCUUCACCAACCUGAUGCAAACCCCCCGUCUCUCGGACUUUGGCCUGUCUGAGAUGCAGCUGAGGAGGAACCUGGCGGGGGCGGAGUGGUGCGCCGAGGUGCCCGACAUGCCCAAGAUGAGCCUCCCCCACCCUGCGCUCAACAUGCCCUCCCCGCCGCCUUUGCCCCUCACUCCCAAAUGUGCACUGCGCAUGGACGAGGACGAGAUGCAGACGCCUCAGAUGAUCAACUUCGGCAUCUCCGAGCACACCAUGUGUCUGAACAAUGACUUCACCAUGGAUCUGUUCCGCAAGAAUGCCAACAACCCUAUAGGACCCGCACAGGACCUCCCGUUGUCACCAGACAACCCUCAGUCUGUGAGUCCGCAAAAAGAAGACACCUGGGAGUCUCCAGAGCCGCCUAUGUUUUGUACGCCAGGAUUCAAGAUAAAGAAAACAAAUGGUCAUUGCUCCCUGCCGCUACAAGGGGACUCUGAAUCUCCGAGUCAAUCCAACACCCUGGCCACCACACCUGAGAUUCCGACCUUCAAAACUCCCUACAUGAAUCGUCUGAUCAGCACCCGAAAGAGCACACAGCGUCCCGAGCCGAUCAUCAUGCAAAAUGACUGCAGUCACACCUUAGAACUUCCGACGCCAGCUCGCAACGGGUCACGCGGACCCACGCACAUGUGGGAGUAUGAUGUGCCAGAAUUACGUAUCAUGGAUGGGGAGGACAAACAGAUGCUGCAGAUGCCCAACCUGGAGUCCAUUUUGGGAAACACUUUACAAAGUGGUAGUACGAAAAUGCCAAAAGAGUCGCGCCAGUUUGACGAAAAGCCAGUGGAGCCAUCUGUCAUCGACAUAAACCGGGAUGGAGAAGCCACGCAGGAGUUCUGCUUUGGAACCCCCUGCACCAGAAGGGAGUUCCAUGAGGCCAUCACCCCUGAGAUGCCCGACCUCAGCUCUGUCACGCAAGACAUCUGUAAACUCGUCUUGCAGACUCAAUCGAAGAAGGCAACCGUGCGUGCCCAUCCACAGGAAAAAGCAGAACACAAAAGAUGUGUGACUGUGGUCUCUGAGCAGGAGUUUCACAGUUUACCGGCCUUUCUAAAGCAGAUGACUUUGAAGAACCUCAAUCAGGCGGUCCGCAACAUGAACAAGUACUUAUCAGAGCAUCCAGGAGACACACAAGACUUUCAGAGGGAGGAGCUGGAGAAGAUGACCAACGUUGGGAUCAAGGCGCCCGUCUAUGUCCUCUGCUUGAGCGAGCUGAAGAGGCUGGAGCAGGUGGAAGGAGCCGGGAGCACCGCUGUCUACAAACUGAGAUUGCGCAACUGAGUGUUGUAUCCAAAGCAGCAAACUGUGAGCUGCCAAAUAACACACACACACUCAGGCAUUUUAAUCCCUGAGGUUACCAUCAUUUGCACGUUGGUGGGUUUAUUGUAUGCGCAAAAUAUCCUGUACACAAU